AUGUUCGGGGACAACGGCCUAGCUUAUUCAUCAGGAACGUUAGUUGGAUCAGCAUCGCCAGACUUGUUUUCUUACCUUUUCGUGGCGGAUGUCGUGUGCAUUAUCGUUAGUCUGAUCAAGAGGAACGCCCUAGCUGCUGCUAUCCUUGCCUUUGGAACUGCCUUCGGGGCCCCCAUGGAACUAAGCGAGCGCGUUUUUGACCUUCGUCAGAAGCUUACCGUCUUCCACCACGUGGGCGUGACUGACGGUGACGGCUUCAUGGCUCCCAGGCUAAGGUUCACUCACUUGGUGCCCACGGACAGUUAUCAGGGCUCGAUCGCCGACGGCUUCGCCUGCGCCGCCCUCGGACACAAGCUGAAGCAGCACAAGUUCCUCUUCGUGGACUCUGAUGAGACACUGGUGGAGCUCUUAGCCUUCUCCGACUGCAAGAAUUGGUUUGUUGCCCUUCUCGGUUUCUGGACUCGCUACAGCUUAACUCGGCAGUUCAAAUUCUACUCCGGUCUCAGGGGCAAGGUCAGUGUGCUUGGCACUUUGGAGGAGCUCGUCGACUUCGCUCACCUGCAAAUCCACUACGUCCACAACCAGGCCUACUUGUUCGGUCGACUCGUGCAGAAGGGACUCACUGCUCACGUGUUAACGUACAAGCUCCAUGCCAAACUCGCUCCUGCCCUUGCCACUUACGGGGAUCGCACUGAUAAGAGGCUGAGGCCACCUUAG